AUGAAUAGAGGCAGAGGAGCAUCACGUGAAGGGCCUACUCGGCAACAAAUAAUGCAGAGCAUACUGGAGUUACAAAAGCAGAACGAGGAGAUCAGAAUGAAGGCGGAAGCCGAUCAGGCCCAACUUGAAAAAGAAAGAGAGGAAACUCGCAAGAAAGCGGAAGAAGACUUGCAGGCGUUAAGGGAGGAAGCUUUGGGAGAAAGAGAGAGGUUGCGGAAAAAUGCAGAGGAAACGCAUCAACGAUUGGAGGAGGCACUUCGACAGCAGGAACAAUUGCGGAAAGCAAACGAAGAUAUGCAAAACAGAUUAGAGUCUGCUAGGGCUGGUUUUCGCUAUUCAUCUCGGUUGAAUUCUGAGGUGACUGAUACCAGUCCUUUGGCAGAGACGAUUAUGAACGAGCCGAUCCCACAGAAUUUUGUAAUUCCCAAAAUCACACCUUUCACAGGGAAUUCUGAUCCAGAAUUACAUUUAAAAGCCUUCCAGGCUCGGAUGAUGAUAUCGGGUGGUAAUGAUGCUAUACGCUGCAAAAUGUUUGUGGGUACCUUGACGGAAAUUGCCCUAGAAUGGUUCAACACCAUACCUAACUCAUCUAUCAGUUCGUUCCAUGAUUUCAAGCGUCUUUUCUUGGAGAGGUUCUCAGCAAAUAGAGCCAAACCGAUGGAGAUGGCAGACAUGUUUGAUAUAAGGCAAACCGCCGAAGAAACGUUGAAGCAAUUCCUUAACCGAUUCACCAACAUCAGCAUGCGGUUGAUAGACCCUAACGAGGGUUUGCUCGUCAAAGCCUUUAUGAAAGGGCUUCGGGCUAGCUCGUUUGGUGAGUCCCUGUACCGAUAUCCACCGAGAUCCCUUACAGAGAUUAGACAAAGGGCGGCUGUGGAAAUAGAAACUGAGGAGGCCAUGCGCCACAAAAAGACAGGAGAUAGGAAGCUAGUGACUCAUUCCAGGAGUGAAAGAGAUAUGAGACCCUAUCGAAGGGAAAGAACUCCUCCUAGGAUGAAAACGGAUCGGCGUUUUGUCCCUUAUGUGGCACAACGAAGGACCGACCAUCCGCAAAUGCCAGGAAUACCGAAUCUUAAAGUGCCGAUGGCUCAAGUCUUGGAGGAUGCAGAGGUAGCUAGACGUUUACGCUAUCCUAAUGUUGCGGGGAGAACCCUUGGCAAUAAAUUAGAUUCUUGGUGUGAGUUUCAUCAAACUAGAGGUCAUGGCACCAACUACUGUUAUGGUUUGCGUUAUCAACUCUCUGUUUUGGCAAACCAGGGGCUCUUGGCAAAAUUCAUAAAGAGGGGUACCGAGGAGAAAUCACCUGAGAUUCGCACGGAUCCUGAUAUACAUGAGACGCCUGUUUUGGGGGAUUUUAAUACCAUAGCCGGAGGUUUCUCGGGAGGAGGACAAACCAGCUCGGCUAGGAAACGAUAUGUGAGGAGCGUCAUGACCACAGCAGUGGUGGACAAGCCGAGACAAGCCCUAGACAUAACAUUUUCAAACGAGGAUUUGAAAGGUGUAAUCCCACAUGAAGAUGAUCCCAUAGUGGUGUCAGUGAUCAUGAUGGGAAGGAAUGUCCACAGGGUGCUAAUUGAUCAGGGGAGUUCUGCAGAUGUGAUGUUUUGGAGCACUUUCAUAGGAUUGCAAAUUCCGAUAGAUCAAUUGAAAUCAUUUGAUGGAGUGCUUGUCGGUUUCUCUGGAGAUCCAGUGGAGGUGAAAGGGUAUAUUGAUCUUAGAACAACUUUCAGAGACAAGGAAGAUGCGAAGACCGUAUUUAUACGCUACAUAGUAGUCAAUGCCCCUUCAUCAUAUAAUUUGUUGUUGGGAAGGCCUUCUCUCAACAAGUUAAGGGCUGUAGUGUCAACAAUACACUUAAAAAUGAAGUUUCCCUCAGAUGAGGGGAAAAUACUUACUUUGGCUGUAAACCAGGAGACCGCUCGAAAAUGUUAUGAGGAUAGUUUGAAGUUAAAGAGGAAAGUAGCUUAUUCAGUGAGCACAACUGGAGUAAUAUUAGAUCCCGAGAUAGAUCCGAGGUUGGUGCACCCUGAUAGAAGGCCUCAGCCUGUGGGAGAGGUGAAGGAGGUGGUUAUAGAUGGGAAGAAGUUGAGAAUUGGGGGUGAUUUGAGUCAGGAGCAAGAGCAGCAGCUCAUCCGAGUGCUGAAGAAGAAUCUUUCUUCAUUCGCUUGGACUGUGACCGACAUGACGGGGAUUGAUCCUGAUUUUCUAUGCCACAAACUUAACAUUAAUCCAUUGGCUAAGCCUAAAGUUCAGAAGCGUAGGCGGUUGAGUGGAGACCGAGCUCAGGCAGCUACUGAGGAGAUACAUAAAUUAUUAGAAGCGGCUCAUAUCCGAGAGAUACAAUAUCCGACCUGGUUAGCAAAUGUGGUGAUGGUAAAGAAAUCAAAUGGAAGAUGGAGGAUGUGUGUGGAUUUCACGGACCUGAACAAUGCCUGUCCAAAGGAUUCAUAUCCGUUGCCUAAUAUAGACGCACUAGUCGAUAAUGCAUCGGGAUGUGCUUUGCUAAGUUUCUUAGAUGCUUAUUCGGGAUACAACCAAAUCAAGAUGCAUUGGUCCGAUGAAGACAAGACGGCAUUUAUGGGAGGAACAGCAAAUUAUUGUUAUCGGGUAAUGCCGUUUGGAUUAAAGAAUGCAGGAGCCACUUAUCAGAGGUUGAUGGAUCGGAUAUUGGCCCCCAUGUUGGGAAGAAAUGUUUAUGCGUAUGUGGAUGACAUGGUAGUCACCUCGGUAGAAGAGAAGAAGCAUGAGGAGGAUUUGGAGGAGUUAUUUGUUACCAUCAGCAAAUACAGACUUAAGCUUAAUCCCGAGAAGUGUGUUUUUGGGGUUAAGGCUGGAAAGUUUUUGGGUUUCCUACUCACUGAGAGGGGGAUAGAAGCCAAUCCAGAUAAGUGUGCAGCAAUUAUAAAUAUGAGGAGUCCCGGUAAUGUAAAAGAAGUACAAAGGUUGACGGGAAGGAUCGCGGCUUUGUCCCGUUUCCUUGCCAAAAGUGGAGAUCGUGGUUUUCCUUACUUUCAGUGUUUGAAGAAGAACGAACGAUUUCAAUGGACUGAUCAGUGUGAGGAGGCAUUCCAAAGGUUGAAAGAAUAUCUGAGCAAACCGCCGGUAUUGUGUAAACCGGAAAAAGGUUCUGAAUUAUCUUUAUACAUAUCGGUAACCGAACAUGCUGUGAGUUCGGUCUUAGUCAGAGAGGGUGACGGGGAGCAGAAACCAGUGUACUUUGUGAGUAAAGUACUCCAUGGGGCAGAGGAGAGGUAUCCUACCAUAGAAAAAGCUGCAUUGGCCGUGGUAGUGUCAGCUCGGCGUCUGAGAUAUUAUUUUCAGAAUCAUGCUGUUAAAGUGAAGACAGAUCUACCGAUCAGGUAUGUUUUGCAAAAACCUGAUAUAUCCGGAAGGUUGGUUAAAUGGGCGAUAGAGCUGUCAGAGUAUGGCCUACAGUAUGAGUCACGAGGGCCAAUCAAGGCCCAAUUCUUGGCUGACUUUGUGGUGGAAUUGUCUGAGCCACCUGUGGAGAAUCGGGCUGUGGGGGAGAUAACGUGGAUAUUGUCGGUGGAUGGAGCUUCUAAUUUGAGGGGUAGUGGUGCUGGUAUCGUUCUGGAAGGACCGGAAGGGGUAUUGAUUGAACAAUCAUUGAGGUUUGCUUUCAAAGCCAGUAAUAAUCAAGCGGAGUAUGAGGCUUUGAUAGCUGGUAUGCUUUUAGCUAAAGGAAUGGGGGCCACUAAGUUGCUGGUGAAAAGUGAUUCAGCACUGGUGGCAGGUCAGGUGAAUGGCGAGUUCCAAGCUCGUGAUCCGCAGUUGGCUAAGUACUUGGAAGUUGUCCAAACUAUUGCGAAGAACUUUGUCCUCCUUGAGUUUGUGCAUGUUCCGAGGGAGCAGAAUUCACGAGCUGAUUUGUUAUCCAAGUUGGCUAGUUGUUCGAAGCCAGGGCAGCAUAAAUCGGUGAUAAGGGAAACAUUGGUAGCUCCUCGGAUUGAUGCGCAGGAAGAGCAUCAAGUGCUAGAGAUUUUGGCAAUUGAAGAAUCUUGGAUGGCACCUUUUAAGAGUUAUCUUGCGGAUGGUAAAUUACCUGGGGAUUCUAACGAGUCUCAGAAGAUAAAGAAGAACUCAAGUCGGUAUACGCUGAUAGAUGGACAUUUGUUCAGGUAUGGGCACUCCAGACCUUUGUUGAUUUGUGUUGGAAGAAAGGAAGCAGAUCGUCUCAUGGCCGAGCUCCAUGAGGGGAUUUGUGGAAGCCACGUAGGGGGAAGGGCAUUGAUGCUCCGAAUAAUCCGAGGAGGGUUCUUUUGGCCCACUAUGAAAGGUGAUUGUAUAGAAUACGCCAAGAAGUGUGAAUCGUGUCAGAAACAUGCUGAUUGGAGUCAUGCUCCGCCAGAGGUAUUGCAUUCUAUUAGUACACCUUGGCCUUUUCACACUUGGGGAAUAGACAUCUUAGGUCCGUUUCCUAAGGCGGUGAGGCAAUUCAAGUUUUUGAUCGUAGCUGUAGAAUAUUUUACGAAGUGGAUCGAAGCCGAACCGGUUGCUGUUAUCUCGGGGGGGCGAAUCCGAGAGUUCAUUUGGAAGAAUAUAAUAUGCCGAUUCGGGGUACCACGUCGGAUUAUUUCAGACAAUGGAACUCAAUUCGCAUGCUCGCAGGUAAGGCAGUUGUGCGCGGAAAUAGGGAUUAAACAGGUCUUUUCAUCGGUAGAGCAUCCUCAGACAAACGGGCAGGCGGAAGCAGCUAAUAGAGUGAUAUUAAGGGGAUUGAAGCGAAGAUUGGUAGAGACGAAGGGGGAAUGGCCAAACGAAGUGUCUCGGGUGCUGUGGGCUUAUCAUACUACUCCUCAGACAACUACCAGAGAGACUCCCUUCUCGUUGGUGUACGGAACUGAUGCAAUGAUUCCAAUUGAGGUUAUGGAAAGCACUAGGAGAGUGAGAUUGUUUGACGAGAAGAUUUCUGAGAUUGGUUUGCGGGCAAACCUUGAUGUUAUAGAUGAGGUUCGAGACUUGGCCCAAAUUUCUAAUGAGGCAAUGAAGAGAAGAUUAGAGAGAAGUUACAAGACUAAGGUGGUACCACGGAAGUUCCAAGAACAAGAUCUGGUAUUAAGAAAAGCGCAAUUGAUUCAGAUGGAUAGCAAAUUGGCUCCAAAGUGGACUGGGCCUUAUCGAAUCAAACGAGUGUUGAGAGAAGGAGCUUAUAAGUUGGAGACGCUGGAAGGGAAGGAAAUUCCGAGGACAUGGAAUGCAGCUAAUUUACGUUUUUAUUUUAGCUAA